AUGGCUUCUGAAGCACCACCUACUGGUCCUGGCCGUGGCGUUAGUCAACUUUAUCCAACAGCUUCAGUGAUGGGCAGAGAAUCACAAGCACCAUCCGCUUCCGCCUCAGCUCGGAUUGUUAGCCAGCUUCAUCCAUCCCCAAGUCGCUCCCCAUCUCAGGCUCCUAAAGCACUCUCCAAAGCACCAUCUUCAACUGUUCAGAACCAGUCUCACCAUACAUCGGUAAAAUCUUCUCAAGCUCCAACUAUUACAGGUCCAUCUCAGACUAUGUAUACUCAACCAACAUUAAGACCCUCUCAUGCCGCAACCUUAAGAGGCGCAUCGCAAGCUCCAUCGCACCAACAAUCUAUCAGAGCUUCACAUGCAGCAACUCUCAGAGGUCAGUCCCAAGCUCCAUCCUCUUACACAACAUCUCGUGGUACCAUCAACUACACCGCCACAUCCCCUCGAACUCUAGGCCGUGGACCUUCCUUAAAACCAUUCGACGAUGCCACUGAGCUUCAACGUGACGUUUCUCGCCAACCAUCAAUAAUGCUGCAAUCACCAUCUAAUCGCCAAACAUUUCUCCAACGUGACCCUAGCAUUUCCCAACCCACACUCCUCAACCGAGACCAAUCCCAAAUGCACUCAUCCAUGUCAACGAUAAAAGAAGUCAGCAUCGCCCCCUCCAAAAAAAUCGAAAACAUGUCCAGCGUCCGCAGUAUCCUCCAUACCCCCAACGACAUACAAAUGGCCAGUCGUCAACCCACAAUCAACAAUAUGAAAGGUGCGGAGCGCGAAGAACAAGAAUCCUGGGCCUUGGGAAAACUCGGAAAAUUAAAUACUGGAUGUCCGCAGAACUAUGGGUGGUCUCGUAGAAGUGAUGGAUAUAUAUGUGAUGGGGGAAGUCACUAUAUUACAGAUUUGUUGCUUGCGGAAGGAAUGGGUGGGAUGUUUGCGGUGAAGAAUAAACACGAGUGGCAGGAUAGAAGUCAGGGUCCGUAUUAUUGGGUUGGGAAGAACGCAGAGGGUAAGAAUCUUUUUUCGAAGAAUAAGGAUUCUAAGAUGGUUUAG